AUGAACAGCUCCAACUCAUCCCACAACUUCCGCUCCUCCCCGGCCAACAGUCCGGCAUACGAGCAGCACAACCUCAACUCCUUCAACGCCCGACAACCGCCCUUCCAGCCAUCCCACUCUCACAGCCAGUCCACAAGCGUGCUUCUCAACUCGUCUUCACGCUCCGGCUUCCGUCCACAGUCGCAGCAGCUACAGCAACAACAGCAGCAGCAGCCCGGCUCCAACCGCUCCGUCAGCAUGCGUCCCAUGUCCGCUUUCCAGCCGCUCGACAAUCCUGACUACUACCAUGCAGGCGCCACCUCCAGCCCCACCUCCCCACGCCCGCCUUCCCCUACCGGCUCCACCGCAAGGUCCAUCCGCUCCACCGCCAACACCCCGCUCACCUUCAAGAGCCAGGACCUCCGCAGCGCCCUCGGCCUCCAGGAGUCCCAGCAGAAGAAGCUCUACAUGGAGGGCUAUCUCCUCAAGCGCGACGACCUCGGCACCGACGGCAAACCCCUCAACGUCGCAGACGACAAGCGUCGCUGGUCAGAGUGCUUCGUACAGCUCUCCGGCACCGUCCUCAGCCUCUGGAACGUACAGCAGAUGGAAGAGGCCGCCACCCGCGGCACCGAAGUGCCCCCCACCUACAUCAACAUCACCGACUCCUUUGUCGACUUUAUCGGCCUCCUCAUCGAAGACCCAAAACUCAUCCCCGGCAGCCGCGGCCGCUACCACCACGCCUUUGCCAUCAACUCGGCAGGCAACAACCGCACCAUCUUUUGCUUCCGCGACCCGCCCCCCUUCCCGCCCGACUCGCUCGAACAGUACCUCGCACCCGAACACCGCAACAAACCCGAACAUCGCACCGUCAUCGGAUGGCUCAACCUCGGCCAUCGCCACCUCCAGGCCUGGAUCAACGCCAUCCGCCUCGCCUCGUGGGAAAAGGUGCGUCUCGAGGAAAUCUACACCGGCGCCCUCAUCCGCGCCCGCCUCGGCGCCGUCGGUGGUCCCGCUUCCGCUUCCGCUUCCACAGAUGCAAAGCAGGCGCCCGCCGUCUCGGCUUCCGACUUGGCCAUCAAGUCGCCCCUCGUAAAGGGCAAGAUGGAGGGCUGGGUCAAGGCUCGCUUCAUGGGCUCCACCGAGUGGAAAAAGGUCUGGAUGGUCCUCACCGACCACAAGCCAGACGAGUCCGAAUUCGGCGCAAAGAAGAAGUUCUGGAAGAUCGGCUCCUCCGCCGGCGACCGCUCCAGCAUCAUGAGCGUCAACAGCGUCUCCACCGCCGCUCCCGGCGCUCCCGGCGCAGACGGCAAGGACCUCCCGCCUCCUCCCGGCAGCAACGGCGCGCCUGGCGUCGCCAGCUUCUUCGAGUCCAAGAAGGACAAGAAGCCCUUCGCCAGCCUCAUCUACGCCGCCCACGCCUUUGCCGUCUACCCCUCGCGUCCCGAACUCGUCGAGGGCUCGAGCCUCUUCAAGAUCGAAGGCGUCUUCCCCAACUCCACCGUUCUCUCCGCCACCCACCGCGUACGCACCACCGGCUGGGUCAUGCUCAUGCCAGAGCUCGACACCGCAGGCAGCAAGGGCGCCAACGCAGAGAUGAUGAAGUGGAUCAUCGCCUUCAUGGACGCCUUCAAGCUCUACGGCCGUCCCGACGCCUUUGUCUGGGAGGCGCGCGACCCCGUCUCGCCCUUCUUCGCCUACCCCAUCGGCCCCUUCAAGGAUCGCCUCUUCCUCGACAGGGAGCUCGCAGAGUUCCUCGAGAUCGCUCGCGAGGACCACCUCACCACCCGCUCCGCACUCCACGGCAUCAUGGCCGCUCGCAUGCGCGGCGAGCGCACAAAGAUCCUCCAGCCCCUCCCGCCUCCGUCCCAAAACACCGUGCUGCCCACCCGCGCUGCCACCAGCGUGCCCAUGGACGACUCUCGCUCCGCCGCUUCGUCCAACUCGCGCCUGCCGCCCCUCGACUUUGCCUCCAGCCAGCCCGCCGCACAGACCGCAGCUCCGGCGCUCGCACCCACGCACCACCAGCAGCAGCAGCAGCAGCAGCAGCAGCAGCAGCAGCAGCAGCAGCAGCAGCAGCAGCAGCAGCAGCAGCAGCA